AUGCUCGGGGCCACAUCCCAGCGGCCCAGUGACCGCGAGUUCACCGUCGGCUGGGUUUGCGCUCUUUUCAAGGAAUACAUUGCGGCUCUGGAGAUACUGGAUGAGACUUACGAUGAUACCACCAAAAGCUCGCUGACCAGCGAUAGCCGCAGCUAUUAUACUCGCGGUCGCAUCGGAGGACACAAAAUUGUGAUUGGCUGCCUGCCAAUUGGUCGUUACGGCUUAGUGUCCACGGCCACAGUGGCGGAGGACAUGAAGAUGAGAUUUCCGUCUAUAAACCUAGGCUUUCUGGUCGGAAUUGGUGGCGGCGUCCCGAGCGAAAAAAAUGAUGUUCGUCUGGGGGAUGUGGUGAUUGGAACGAAGGUAGUCCAAUAUGGACUUGGUAAGAAAACAUCGAGUGGAUUCCAAGUCACUGGUCACACAUUCACGCCGGCAUCUAUCCUUAUUCAUGCAGUAACUGGACUGAAAACACGCCUUUUCGAUGGCUUGGACCUUUCAGUAUCAUUGGAGCAAAUGGUCACAAAAUCUCCACCGAUAAAAGCAACAUUCGGACGCCCUGAAUCGCAUACAGACCGCUUGUACAACCCUCGAUAUGUCCACCUUGAUAACUGUGAUUGCACGAGGGAGGGUACACAGGACCAAUUGAAUUUAGUCCAAAGGCCAUCCCGUGGCAGGAAUGAGGUCAGGGUUCACGACGGAAUAAUCGCAUCUGCCGACCAGGUCAUAAAAGAUGCCACGGCCCGAGAUCUAAUCGGUCAUGAGUUGGAUGCUCUUUGUUUCGAGAUGGAAGCGGCUGGUCUCAGCGACAGCUUAAACUGGAUUGCAAUUCGCGGAAUCUGCGACUAUGCCGACUCUCACAAGAAUGAUCGAUGGCAUGGCUAUGCCGCUGCCGCUGCCGCCGUCUGUGCCAAAGAGCUGCUACUCACCAUUCCUCCGGUUGAUUCCACAGGUACAGAGCCAGUGAGUGAGCAGCAGCGAUGGGAUGUUGACCGUGCAGACUUCACGCGACUCCUUGAAAAAGUGCCCUCUGGAAUGACGACGACCUUGCACAGUGCCUUUAUUGGGGUCUGCCUUCUACUGGCUAUUUUUGGGCAAUUGAUAUGGUCCUUUUACCUUUGGCUAUUAUCAGUGGCAGCGAACAUCGAAUCCCCUGACUUCAAGGGUCCGAUGAAACCAGCACAGCCUGUGCAGGGUCCUACACAGCAGUUCGGGAGCGCACCCAUACAUAUCAACAUCUACGUUGACCAGCAAGCAAUGUCUCACGCACGAAGACAGAAUGGAGCGGAUUGGAUAGAAUCUCCGGAUCAAUGCCCGACGGACUUUUCUACCAUUCAGUGGGACGGUGCUGGGAGAGAAAAGGUGUUGGGCAGUACUGCAGAGCUUCUUCAAGAAGUGCGGGCCCUGAUGGGCAAAGAGAUCGGUAGGAAUAUCUCCAUAAGCAUCCCACACCAUACCGGCGGCCCACUUUCGCCUGCCGACUCCAGCUGUGAUCCGCUUGAGAGGAUACCUUGGCAGCAACAGGAUGCACCCGUUGAGAGGACAGACUCCGUAUCCAGUGCAUCCAAACCCCCAGUACCUCCACGCUCCAAGAAACCACGCGGCUACGUCUCGAGGCGCAACACACAGAUUCCCGUUCCCAAUUCCAUGGCGAAAAGAAACAAACACUCAACCGAACAGAAAAAUAAUAAAUGCCCGGAGGCCGGCGAGGAAGUUCCAGAAAUUGUGGCUCUAAUUAAUGAAUUCCGAGGACGGGCAUCCGUUUGA